UGCAGCAGGGCUCGAUCUCAACCUGAGCACAGGAAAGUGGGAGAGUCUCUUCCCGGGAAAGGAGCGAGAGGGCUUCAUUAAUUCUAAAGGCACCAUCGUUUUCCAUUAAAAUCCGAAGAAAACGUGUUUGGUUUUGGAUACUGAACAAUCAAGACCACAGCUUAAGAGUUGCGUUUUAACGCGGGUCUCAUAGAGCUCCAUCCAGAUGUCACCGCGCUGGGUGUAAAACAACCCGUGAAGUUUCCGAAACUUACUAUUCUGUGCAGAAACCUGUCCAGACGCGGACUGGAGAGGCGAAGUGCAGACAAGAUCGUCUUCUGUCAAAUGGAAAGCCAAAAAAUCAGACCAGCGAGGUAACGAAGGGGUGCAAAGAUUUUUUUUUUUAUUUCAUCGAUACACACUUGGAGAGAGACGCACGUAGCUCUCGCAUCAACGGGUUACCACAUGGACAGGCAUCAGAGACGGACGAAUAAGCAAAAACGUUUUAAAUACCAGCGCAAAAGUUUGAAAGAACAUCAGAGAAGCAAAGACUGAGAAGCUCGCCGUGCAACAACACUGAUCCCGCAGAUACACCCCAGAACGAACUUCUAGGGGGACUGUGAAUUCAGUGAAUUGCAUUAUAUUGUUGCCUAUCAAUUAAAAGCUUUGCUUUUUUCAGAUAUUUUUUUUAAAUGAAAGCUUAGCUUUUUUUUUGUGGGGGUACAAGAAUACAUUACGCUCCCCAGAAGAACAGCCUGGCACCGCAGAGGAAAGGGGGAGAGAAAACGAGAGUCCUUCGGAAGUGCCCAAAGGCUGGGAAAGAGAUCAGAGCUUUCUCGGGAGGACACGAGUGCCGCGGCCGGGGAUCAGGUCGUGGGGUGUCCGCGGAUCAGCCUGCGAGCCUCGGUGCAGCUGUGUGUUCGCGCAACCCGCAGAGACAUGCACGGCCUCCGGAGGCACGAUAGUCUGUUGCUGUGGGUCGCCCUCCUCGCCCUCUCCCUGGCGCUGGUCAAGGGGUUCCCCGCAAGGAAACACAAAAACAGCACCCCGAAGGUCAGGGGCACCAUUUUCUUGGAGCGGGCGGAGUCCGUGCCCAGGGCUGCCCAGCAGGGGGCUGAGAACACGCAGCAUCCGAACCAGGUGAAGAGCCUCCUGUCCUCCUCGCGACGGCACAAGCGCAGGUGGUCCCAGCGCCGGCUCGCCCCCGAUGCCGAGGAGACAAACCCCUUCGUCCUGGAUCUGCGGAACUUCCCGGAUCUGGCCAAUGCUGACCUCAACUCCCAGAACCCCAAUAUCCAGGUCACCAUCGAGGUCGUGGAUGACCCUCAGACCGAGAUCGAGAUGGACCUGCUCGAGGAGAGCCGGAACGACUGGCCGCUGUCUUCGGUGGACUGGCUGGGGGAUAAGAAGCUGUUCUGGCCCCUGUUCUGGGAGUACCCCGACUCGCAGGAGGCCAGCCUGGAGGACACGCGGGAGGAUCACACCCUGGAGUACGACAGCGAGGAGUCCGCCCUGAGCGGCGUCGGGGGAGACUGGGACAGCUCGUGGCACAAGGGCUGGGACUCCAAGGACACUUACGAGUAUGAGGAGGAGGAGUGGAGCGCCUGGUCCUCCUGCAGUGUGACCUGCGGCUCUGGGAACCAGACAAGAACGCGGUCCUGCGGUUAUGCCUGUACAGCCACUGAGUCCCGGACCUGCGACCUGGAGCGAUGUCCAGACGAUGUGAAUGCAGUGACCGAUCUCAUGCCCUACGGGACUGAGAAUAGCACGGAGCUCUUCGAUGCAGAUGUCGACAGCUGCGAGAAAUGGCUGAACUGUAAAAGCGACUUCUUGCAGAAGUACCUCCACCAGGUGCUGACCGAACUGCCCAGCUGCCCUUGCACCUACCCGUCCGAAGUCGUCUACAGUGCGGUCAAUAUCUUCGACGAGAAGCUGAAGAAGACGUUCCGCUGGCGCGACGCCAGCGGCCCCAAGGAGCGCCUGGACAUUUACAAGCCCACAGCGAAGUUCUGCGUGCGCUCCAUGCUGUCCUUCGACAGCACCACUUUGGCAGCGCAGCACUGCUGCUACAACGACCACAUGAAGCUCAUAACCCGGGGGAAGGGGGCUGGAGCGCCAGACCUCAUCAGCACCGAGUUCUCGCCCGAGCUGCACUACAAAGUGGACGUGCUCCCUUGGAUCCUGUGCAAGGGGGACUGGAGCAAGUUCCACGCCGUCCGCCCGCCCAACAACGGGCUCCGGUGCGCCGAGAACCCGCCGGAGGACGUGUACAUGAACGAGCUGGGGGAGGCGAGAGAAUACUGAAUCCACCCCAUCAAAAGGAACCCGCUCGCAAAUUUGCUACCAUAAUGUUGCACGUCGAAAAAGAAACAGCUCUCUAAAUGUUGCCAGGUCCACAGCAUCCAGCGUGGAAUCGAUUCCCUUUUCUUUCUGUGGAAUGCUCUUCCAUCUGUGUGUGUGAGUACGAGUGUUGUGGGUGGGAUCGUGUUUGUUCACAGAGCCAUUGCUGUCAAAACAGAUACUUUUUAUUCAUUUGCAAAUCCCACCCCUCCCCCUGCUUUCAUGUUACUGGAGUAUGUUGGACGAUUGACUUUGGACUUGAAAGGAUUUUCUAUUUCUGAUGUGGCAGGCUAGUAAAUUAUUACAGGAAAGGUAAUAGCAGGAGUGGGUUUCCAGCAAUUGAUGAUUGUUUGGGAGAAGAAUGAGCACCAUUGCUGUGAAAUCAUGGUGGGUAAGACAUCAGAAAGUGCUUAGAAAGCAGCCUGAGCUGAAGGAGAAGCCUUUCUUCACCAGUUUCUUUCACAGGAUACGGUGUGCUGCUACAAAGUAUGAACGGGGAACUCGCCGUGUCAGUGAAGAAAGGACACAGGUUGUCAAUUGAUAUCUCUGGGAACACGGGCAUUCAGUAUUUAUUUGAUCCACAUGGAAACAUUUCAAACACUAAAGUUUCGUGAAAGGAAUUCCAGUCAAGCUGCUAAGAUUUCGGUGAAUUCAAACAGAAUCUCCCCAGAUGUAAGGCUGCUGUUGGCUCAUCUCCAGUCUCUGCAGGAACAAUCCCGAUAGAUCACAGGCGGACAGUCUCUCAAAGGUUUUGGGUUUUUUUGUUCAGUUAUUACAAGGAAAAUGAAGCCUUUAAAAAAUAUAUCAACCUGUUCUUAAAUUACAUCUUAAAACUCUUCAUCUCUUGUAGCAAAAGUGGUAUUAAGAUAGAAAUGAAUUUUAAAAAUAGAUGUGGGGAAGAACAGUACACAUGGGUAUGAAAUGAGCGGAUGUUUUCUUUUUAUAAAGGGAUUGGGAAUUUAGGACCGCGCAUGAUUCUCUGUAAACACAAUGAGUGGGUUUUAAAAUGUGUCAGAUGAUGCUGUUUAUUUAAUAGAUAUAAAAAAACACAGUUAAUUGUAUUGAAGCAUUUGAGACACAGUCGAUUUUUAAGUGUCAGCUGUCCGUCUUUGGAUAUGAUUAGAUGAAGUUGGUUCAAAACUCGAAUCUUCAGAAUUCUGGCAGCUUUAGCAGUGGGGUCCCCUGAGGAGUCAUGUCACCAGUAUUUAACGGUCUAGGUGCCCAUGUCAUAGUGACGCAAAGCUGCGCUCUAGCAGAAUGGAUUUAUAAUAUCGGGAGAAGAACCAGAUUCCAUUGGAGUACUGUGGUUUUUCUUCAGUGUUGGCACACAGUACAGUCCUAGGAAAAUCCAUCCCUGUUUUUAUUUGUUAAAUGUUUCACUUUCUUCCAUGAGGUGAUGCUUUGUAAAGUAAUAGGGGGCUUCACAGUGCUUCUCAGACAUCAUUUCGAAUCUCUGGAUUGCCAUCAAAGGACUGUGCUAUGCAGAAUGUUGUUUUAAAGCCUCAAUCCUGCCAUUCAGCCUGGGUUGUGGUACAGAGAGGUCCUGGUAUAGAGCGAAGGUGAACUUAUUUUUAAAGCCUUGUGUUGACAGAAUCCUGUCUUAUCCAGGAAGAACGUUUUUCAGCUCUAGUUUUGUUCCACUGUUUCACACUUUUGUGGAUUCUGACAUUUGGACAUCUUGUACACAUCUGUUUUCCUUUAAAAAAAAACAUCAAGACAGGUCUUCUGUGGUGCUACUUUGGUUAGCCAUAGUGCACUUUGGUAUUUUGACUACAGUUUUAUGCAGACGUUUGGGCACCCCUGGCCAAAUUACAUGUUUUGAUGAUUUUCUAAGUGAAAAGAAGUUAAUACUACUAUAUUUAAAGAAAAUUUAAAAGUUCUAAUCCUGUGCAGACAUUCUUGCAACAUACAUUGACACUCUCCUCUGUCAUUGAACAGAACAGCUUUAAAGAAGUCUGUCCCAGAGCUUUAAACACAGACCAGGUGCUGAAAAAAUGAGUCGUUGAAGUAUGUGAACCUUCAUCUUUCUGUUUGUUUUCAUGAGGAAAUAUUUCACUAGUCUUCUUAGCGUGGAUGUAACUUGACUUAUACAAUUUAAUCAGUGUGACUAUAGUUUGUGGGGUAAUGUAUAGAUACAGAGAAGUCUAUCAAUAAAUUACUCCAUAUUUUUCAAUUGUGACUUUAUCUUUAAGGAUGUAACAACUGUGUGGAGUUGAUAGGAAAUACCUGUGGCAAUUUUAGAAGGGUAUAAUGCAAAGGAUCCUGCGUCUGGUGUUUUUGUUACAGAUUUUUAGCCAAUGCUUAGUCUGAUGGGUUUUUAAACAUGUGAGCAAUACAGAUGACAGGCGCCUCUUUUAAUUCCCAUGCACCCUGUAUUGACAUACUAUCUUCUCUUACAUAUUACUUUUCAGAUUAAACAGGAAUAGUGCUGACACCACAGAACAUUUUAUCUUCUCUCGUACAUCUCAAAACUGCAGUCAGCAUGUUGCAUUAUGUGGCCCCUGAGUACUCUUAAGCUAGUGCUAAGGGAUCUUUCUGACUGGAACAGCAUAUUGAUGAUCUGAAAAAGACGGACAUCUAACUUCUAACUGGAUUCACUGAUGUUUGCUUUGGAUUGGGUUCCCUGCAGAACAAUUGUUUCAAAACCAUUUCCCUCUGUUUCUCAUCACCAGAGAGUGGCUGAGCAUUCUCUCUUAUAAGGUCAACAUAAGUUUCUGAUCCACAAAACCAGGAAAGGGACAGAACGGUGCGAAAUCUUCAGGGCAUAGUGAGGACUUCAGCGAUUUCACACAGCUCUUUUCUUCAGGGAUUAGGGGUGUAGAUCCACACCUAAACCCUUUGGAAAUGUAAUUUAAAAAAAUAGUGUAAAAAAGAUGUUCCAUUUGCCAUCUCCAGAAAUGUUACUCUACAACAAUUUUGUUUAAAGUAACUAAACUGCAGGUCUUUAUGUGAGUCAGCCAGGUGUUGCCCUAGUUACCCAAGAGCACAGAGAGCUUCUGGAAAACCAGGAUUCCUGUUAAAGCCUUUGAGACACACCAGAGGUGUGGUAAUGUGUAAAACAAAGCCGUCUUCAUUCUUCUGGGCAUGUGUUGAAUCACGACAGUAGCUUGUAGUGGGUCUUCAAGCUUUAAAAUGAAUUGGAGUUUCUUGUUUAUGGGACCUCUGCAUUGCUUACAUGGGACAAGGAUAAGUUUCCACUGGGUGUGGAUUCUGAAUACAGAAUUCAGAAAAAUGUUGAAAGUUUAAGCUACAAAUGUCUUAUUGGGAAUAAAAAAUGUCAGAUUACAGUUAAUCAUAUUGUGAUUAUAUUUUUCAGGAAAGGCACUUUAUUUAAAGUAUAUAUAUAUAAAUUUUAAAAUGUACCAGCAUUUUGUAAUUUGUGUUUGUGUUACUAUUGUAAAGGGAUAACUCACAAAAAUGCUGCAUUUUAUGUUUAAAAUAUUUUGUAUGUUAUGUAAGUAUUGUUAGCAUGGUGUAUUUUGCUUUUUUAAGAUUGGUAUUAGAUAUAUUUCUGUACAGUAUUUAUUGUUAAUGAUUGCUUGAGCUUUAGAAGAGAUAUUCGGAUUAUUCUAUGACACUGAAGAUGCACUACAAUUGAAAGUGAAUAAAUACAUCUCUAAAGGGAUCUCUGCUAUGGAAAAAGGGAAUCCAUUUGCAUAUACCACAUCAUGUCAAUAAAAUGUUUUAUUAAAUAUAACUUUUAAUUGUAGUUUUUUUUUUCUUUUUUGCAAAUUAAAAUUGUGCUGUGACAACAGUAAUAAAGAUGU